UGUUGCCUAGCGUCGCAGAAAGUCUCGAAAAUGUCCCACCUUUCUUCCAUUGCGCCAAUAUCCCUGAAAUUCAAUCAUAUUCUUUUAAAGAUACAUUAUUAGAGAUACAAAUAGUUAAGAUUUAGAUACAUUUAUCGGAUACACCCAUUCCUAGCUCUGAUAACUGCUCCCUGCGACAGUCUGGCAGCACUGGUCGACACACAACAACAAUACCCCAGACGUAAACAUAAGAAUGCAAAAGUAACACUUCCGAGAUGUUUAUGUUCCGGAACUGUGCGGUUCUGCUGGUAAUUGGCUCAGCCUGCUGCUUCAUCUUUGGCCUCUUCAACCUGCAGGCGGAGGUGGAGCCAAAUGCCUGCCGGAUGACUUAUAUGUUCGGCGAACCCAUGUAUGCGAGAGUUCGAGUCCAGGAUGGAGACCAGUACCCCAACUAUGGUCUAUAUUAUUACUAUGAAGGCGUGAAACAGCCGCUGGAUCCUCUGAAAAGUCGGAUGACGGGUGCGCCGGUUAUUUUCGUGCCCGGAAAUGCCGGCUCGUACAAGCAAGUGCGCUCCUUGGGUUCUGUAGCUCUGCGCAAGGGACGGGACAACGAUGCCGGCAUCCACCUGGACUACUACACCAUCGACUACGACGAGGAGCUAUCCGCCCUGUACGGCGGCUACCUCCCACGCCAGCAGAUCUUCCUGAAGCUAUGCAUCCGGACGAUUCUAUCGAUCUACGAGGGACGGGCGGAGAAGCCGAGCAUUGUACUGAUUGGACACUCCAUGGGCGGCAAGCUGGCCCAGUCAGUGCUUACCGAUUCGGCGAUUGCCCAGCACAUAAACACGAUAAUCAGCAUCUCGACGCCACUUGACCAGCCGGUGUUGAAUCUAGACUCGGAGCUGGAGGCCUUCUACUGGCAAACGGAUACUGUGCUGGGCAAGAUGCGUACUUCCACCGUGCCCACAAGCACCACGAACGUCUGCGAUAGCCUUCACCAGAAGCCGCCGAGCGUACAGCGAAUGGCCAACCAGGAGAGCUCGAGGCGAUUGGACAACGUGUUGCUGAUUUCCACUGGCGGUGGCAACAGGGAUCUCCUAGUCAGGCCCGGCUUGACAAACUCCCGGUUCAACGACCUGCAUGCCAUGACCUCGGCCAUUCCGCGCGUAAGCCUGAGCUGUGAUCACCUCUCGGCCGUGUGGUGUCUGCAGUUCAUGCAGGCCAUCAACCGCUUCCUCUUCAGCAUGGCCCACCUGCGCGACGAUCGCUCCUCGGUGGUUUUCGGCACUAAUAAGCAGCGCAAUCUGCAGUCGGCCCUGCACACCUUUGUGAAACCACGAAGGCGCCAGCAAAGCUUUGGACGGUUGGGCUUCAACAGCGGAAGUUGGCACGAGGAGCGCCGCCUGGUCAUCAACAAGUACUUCGCCAAUGGCCUCAAGGGCACCUACUUGGAGCUGAUUGGACUGCACCGCCAGGAGCGCUACAAAAAGAUGGCCAUAGAAGCCCUAAACGUGGACGAUGCCGACUGGCUAUUUGGCUGCUCUGCGGAGGAGCACGAUGGCUCGGGCCAGCUCUACUGCGACAAAGUCACUUCGCUGAUGCAUCUUGUCCAGCGACUGCCCAACGAAGACCGCGAUGCCCGAAGCGUUGCUAUCCUCGAUAUGCACAACCUCCGCCGAACCUACCUGGAGUGGACGCAUGUGGUGGUCCGCCUGCCGCCUGGCAACCGUCGCAUUGGCUACAACCUGGACAUUUACGACCCAAAGGAGCGGGUAAUGGACAUACAGAUGCCGCGCUGGUAUACAAUGGCCAAGCUGCCGCUGAUAAACGAGACGCUGCAGGGCACCCUACACCUUCGGCUGCGUAUCUCCGGGCUGUUGGAUCCCUAUCAGAGUCUACGGAUAAACGUGGAGCCAUUGCAGUGCGUACAGCCGGAGUACCGUGUUACGGCUCGGCUGUGUGUUCCUUGGGCUGCAGGAUUCGAUCGCUUCCAGACUCUCAAGUCUGCCGAUCAGAAGCCACAGCUCUUCGCCAAUGUGCCCACCCUGGUGCCGCGGCAUUACAACACCACGCUGAAUCCUGUAACCCUCGAUCUGUAUCUGGACCCCAUUUGCCGGUAUCGCAUCAGCUAUGAGUACUCCUAUACCUCGGCCUUGUCUCGUCUGGUGCUGGAGUUCUAUGGCUGGCUUCCGGCCCACUUUGCCUGCGUGCUGCUGAUAGUGCUCCGCAAGCAGGUGGCGACCUUCCACGAGGUGGGCACCUUCCGGAGCCUGCGUCCGUACGUUGGGUACUUGCAGUACACAUCUCUCUUCGUAGUCACAGCCUGCCGCCUUCUGAAGAAGCUAAUCAUCACCAGUGGGUUCUUGCCAGAGCCCGAACCCCUGGACUACAGCAUCAACGUGUCCAUCAUCAUCCACUGCGCCGCGAUAGCCCUUUCGCUGAUAGCCACCCUGGCCACUUGGCUGGCCCUGACGCUCUACGGGAAUGCCUUCUACCGGCUGGCCCUGCGCCUCACCACCCUCUCCCAGACGACCUCCAAUGUGAUCGUCUCGAUCGUCACCCACUUGCCCAUCACAUUCGGCGUCCUGACAAUCGCUACCGCCAUGGGCACCUGCAGCGGAGUGGGUCUGCUCCUGGCGUUCAUCUUCUACUUCCUGAUGCUGUCGAAUGCCUACAAGGAUUACCUGGAGGACUUUUUGUGGCAGAAGGCGGCCAAUCUGGUGCGUGGUAAACCCAAAGCCACAGCUCCCACUCCGGCUUUAAAGCCAGAAGACGCUUCCAGUGAGGAGGAGGGCCAAGAGGAUCAGGACUUGGUUGCGGCCGGCGAAGAUCAAGCCGAGGAGGAGGAGCCGGAGCCAUGUGUCGGGCUGCACAACUUCUCCUUCCAUGUCACCCUGCUGCUGAUGCUGCUAAUCCAGCUCCUACUGAAUGGCCCAGCUUCCUUGGCCUGGCUGCGCAGUCGACACCAUGGAAUUGUUCUGCCCGAUCCGGGCCUGUAUCCCAGUAUUGUGGUCAUGGCUUCACUUAGCCUGCUCCUCCAGCUACGGGCGCCCCAGAAAUGUGCUGGCUACUGGCUGCUGUCCAUUGUGUUCUACUUCCUCGCCGGCGUGGUUCUGCUGUACUGUCAGGCGGCCGUCUACCGACUCAACUUUGUCUUCGCUGGCGCCUUCGCUCUGCUGGCCGCCCACCAAACUCUCUGGAUGCUGAUACGCCGCCUGUCAUAAGAGGCUACUUCGUUCUUCAAAUUCGUUCUUUGUCGCGUUUGAUAUGUUUAUUUAAUUGCUGUAUUAGUUGAUGUUUGUUUAAACCGAGUCGAGGCAUGGCGUUGCGUAAGUGAUCUCAAUCGGUCCUAGCGGGAAGUCCAAACGGCGGAGCCGGACUGGGCGUAGUCGCAGUGGCUGGCGCAUUACAUCGUAAAUUGUUUUUACGCCUGCCGACGGCUAUUUUGGACAUCCAUGGACCGCUAUAACCAUCGGGUGGCUGGGGCACGUCACUCUCCAUUUGGGGGAAUGUGUGAAAAUGUCCAUAAAUGUCAGGCACUUUCGGUUCGAUACACUCGCCCGCCCAGACUCGGUACUUUCCCUUUUAGCCAAAGACAUAAUUGUAGAAGUUUUCAGAUUUAGAAUAUUUUAUGUUCCCAUUAACCUAAGUCACAACUUGAUUGUAUAUUUUGUAAAUUAUUUGUUAUCAUUGUUUACACUUUACCAAUUAACUGAUUUUGUAGUCCAAGUCCUGCGGAUAGCAUAUAGCCUUAAACUAACCCAACUGCCACAUGUCAGAAUCAGUACUUCUUUGUUUGGAUAGUCCUUGGAAGGAACAUGGCUACCUCUGUGUUUUUUAACCAGUUUUUAUGUACUCUUUUACCCUGCGUAUAACCCUAGAAAUAAAGCAAUAAAGUAACCAGA